UAUGGUAAAGGUUGAAAAGGAAGCGCUCUCCCUCAAUCGUACAGCGACAAGGAGGGGACGAGAAAAUACGCCGCGUGGGUCUAAGUGCGUGGGUCAGGUUUACAGUUGAUCUUUUAAAGGAAUUUACUGACUGACAAUGGCAGAAAAAAUCUUAGAGAAGUUGAGUGUCCUUGAUAAACAAGCAAAGAUAAUCUUGACCAGAAGAGCAAAGAAAAAUAAACUUCAGACUGGAAGGAGAAAAAAGAGUUUAAUUAAACCCUUGACAUUUGAUUUUCACUUGGAAUUCGAAGAGGAUGCCGCUGCACCCACAUCUGGAGCAGGAUUGAAGAUCACGGAAGACAAGUUGUGUGAUCCCAAAUCAAAAAAGUAUACCUCUUUUAAAUGUGAGCCUGAAUCUAUAAAGAGUGAUAUCAACAAGUCAAAUUUAAAACCACAACGUGUUCAAAGAAAUAUAGAAAAACCAGAAAAGCCAGUGGAAGAAAAUCUAAAAUCAAGACCUGUUGGACCUUUUCUUUAUCUUAAGGACACAGAUGAGGUCGGGAAUUUGGAGCCCUGGGGCCUUCUGUAUUCACAGCAGAAAGAAGCCUGUGGGGGACCACCGGGCCCCACUGUCUCUCCUCCUGCACUUAACAUUCAGACCAUUGCUGGUAAGAGGGAAAGAGACUCUUUUUUAUUAACAGCUCAAAUUGAAAAGGAAAUGAAAUCAUUGGAUUCUCUUGGCCAUUUGGAAGAUUAUGUAAAUGAAAGAGGAACAUCUCCACAGACAAGUGAUUUUGAUACUACAGAAAAAAAAUCAAUCCAAAAUUAUAAAUUACGUAAGAAUCAUUCAGUAAGAGAGAAAAGUUUGCUCCCCUUGUGCAUUGAAGAUGAGCUGAAAAAUCCAAAUGUCAAGAUAAUCAACAUUAGCCCGGCAAAGACAGUGACUUCCCAGACGAAACAGAAUGACACAAAUCCUAUAGUUUUCCAUGACAGAAGAUACAUACAAAAGUUACUCUUGGCAAAAAACAGACUUUUUCCUCAUCCUUUGGAAAAUGGAAACACUUACCCAUGUAAAAGAACAAACGUUGUUUUAGAAAGAAAUCGUGAAUUCUUUAAAUCUUUAUUUGGUAAUCAGUUUAUUACUCCUCCCAAACCGAUAAAAACUCUGCCUACAGCCAGAAGCAACAUACAAGACGCCCCUUUUGAAGUGCAAUAUGGAAUUGUAGAUGAUAAACUGAAGAAGAAAAUUUAUAGGCAAACCUUAGAAAACCGAUCAUGGAAUACACUCUAUAAUUUCUCAGAGAAUUUUCCCAGCCUAACAAAACAGAUUGUGCAUUAUCUUGACAAAUCUGCUAUUGAAGAAAUGAGUGGUAAAACUGAAGCAUCUGAAAGAACGUUUUCUCCAGUAAAGCCAAUAAGCAAGUUCAUUGUCUUCCCUGUCAAACAUCACUCAAAGCCUUUUAAAAAUGUGCACGAACUAAGCAACGUAACCCCGCUGGAUGGUUUGUUGAACUUGUCGAGUGAAAAUUAAAAGCUCCCUAAAGUUAUCAUGUAUACAGCAAAACUUAGGUGAUGAGACACAGAUAACCAAGUUCCACGAUCAUAGAAAGA